AAAGCCAAGCACGACAUGUUCAAAAUCACAAAGCCAAAAGCCCCUCACCUCAUCAGCUCUGCAGAUGGAGAAAUCACCGACUCCCCAAAACUUCUAUCUCCGACAUGGACAGGCCGGCAACAACACAGACAAGCACAAUGAUAGAACUCACCCUGUCUUCAAAUUCUUCAGAGUUGCAGCCAAGAGGGUUGCUGGAGUUUUCACCAAAUUUAUUUUCACCAGGAAAAAGGUCAACUUGGAAGAAACUAGACCCAUUUCCACCGGAAACAACGGCCAAACGAGAGGGGUUUCCUUUUCAACAGAUCCUUCUUCUGGGAGCAGCGCUAAGAGUUCAUCAGUAUUCAAGUAUUCUCAAUCUAGUGGCUCUUCUGCUGUUUCCACUGGACAGGUGGGGAAUUUCUCCAUUGAAGAGAUUUAUAAGGCAACCGAAAAUUUCGCCCCUGUUAAUAAAAUUGGGGAAGGUGGGUUUGGAACUGUGUACAAGGGGAGGCUCAGAGAUGGGACUCUUGUUGCAGUAAAGCGCGCGAAAAAGGACAUGCGUGACAAGGUCGACUUCAGGAAUGAAAUACUCGCCUUGUCGAUGAUUGAGCAUCUGAAUUUGGUAAGGUUAUAUGGAUAUCUGGAGCAAGGAGAUGAGCAGAUCAUUCUGGUUGAAUAUGUCAGCAAUGGAACACUUCGGGAACAUCUAGAUGGCACACAGGGAAAUGUACUUGAAAUUGCAGAAAGGCUAGAGAUUGCAAUUGAUGUAGCUCAUGCAAUUACCUACCUUCACGUGUAUACAGAUCAGCCAGUAAUUCACAGAGACAUAAAAGCAUCAAACAUCCUCAUAACAGAGAAACUGCGUGCCAAAGUGGCAGACUUUGGGUUUGCACGAUUAGCCUCAAGAGACGACGAUGCAACUCAUGUUUCAACUCAAGUCAAAGGAACAGCUGGAUAUUUGGAUCCUGAAUACCUCAAAACGAAUCAACUCACCGACAAGAGUGAUGUUUACUCCUUUGGCGUCGUGCUUGUAGAACUGAUGACUGGAAGAAAACCCAUUGAACUGAAGAGACCGCCCAGCGAGCGGAUAACAAUAAGAUGGGCAAUUAAGAAAUUGAAAGAAGGGGAAGCUGUAAAUGCCAUAGACCCAAGGCUGCAAAGGAGCUCGGCAACGAUCAUGGUAGUGGAGAAGGUACUCAAACUAGCUCACCAAUGCCUUGCGCCUUAUAGACAAUCAAGACCUUCCAUGAAACUAUGUGUUGAGGCAUUAUGGGAAAUCCGAAAAGAUUUAAGAGAAAGCUCCAUUCCUCCUCCUCUCCCUCUUACUUCUCAACAUUCCGCAGAAUUUCCUGAGAGAGAUGCUAAGAAGAGUUGGGAUACAGCUUCUGGUACUGAAGAUGUUGAGAGCCACAAAUUUAUCUCUGCAUGAUUAAGUGGUAAUUAAGAAUUUGAUAUGAAUAGUGUUAUUCUGUAUCUUUGUAAUUCUUCUUGGUGAACAAAAUCAACACAUUCAAUUAUUAUUCGUUUAAUGAGUUUGUAUUCAUUCUUUUGA